ACCAAUAAGCCCGAUAAUAUACAUCAUAAGAGUAUACAUUAGAAAUCUGACUGGCGGAAACGUAGCUGGGUGAUGACUGAUGAGUAGAAGCAGAGGAAGAAGAGGAUGAAGCGAUUCUUUCAACCAGUGCAGAAAGAUGCGUCUUUCAAGAAACCAACACUCUCUUCUACUUCUUCACCAUCACCAGCCAACGAUGGCGAAACAGAAGAAACAGCAACAGCAACAACAACACCGGUCGAAGAAACCCAAAAGAAACAACCCACAAAGUUCUUGACUUGGAAUGCGAACAGCUUCUUACUUCGCGUUAAAAACAACUGGCCUGAGUUCACCAAGUUCAUCGACUCCAUUGAUCCUGAUGUUAUCGCCAUACAGGAAGUAAGGAUGCCUGCAGCUGGUGCAAAAGGCACUCCUAAAAACCCAAGAGAAUUGAAGGACGAUAACAAUUCUUCACGAGAAGAAAAACUGAUUAUAACGCGAGCCUUAUCAGGUCCAACCUUUAGAAAAUAUGAUGUAUGGUGGUCUCUUUCUGAUUCGAAGUAUGCUGGAACUGCACUGUUUGUAAAGAAGUGUUUUCCACCAAAGAAGGUUUCUUUCAAUCUAGAUCUCUCAGUUUCCAAGCAUGAAACAGAUGGCCGAGUCAUCAUAGCUGAAUUUGAAUCAUUUCGUAUAAUGAACACAUAUGUACCAAAUAAUGGUUGGAAAGAUGAAGAAACUUCAUUUCAAAGGAGAAGAAAAUGGGAUAAAAGGAUGAAAGAAUUCAUCUUGCAAUCUACUGAUAAACCCCUUAUAUGGUGUGGUGAUCUUAAUGUCAGUCACGAAGAGAUGGAUGUUAGUCAUCCAGAAUUUUUUCGUACUGCAAAGAUGAAUGGUUAUGUUCCUCCAAACAAAGAGGAUUGCGGACAGCCUGGCUUUACUCUGUCUGAAAGGAAGCGCUUUGGUACCAUUCUCAAAGAGGGAAAGUUAAUAGAUGCAUAUAGAUUUCUUCACAAAGAUAUAGACAUGGAGUGUGGCUUCUCAUGGUCUGGCAACCCUAUUGGAAAGUAUCGUGGGAAAAGGAUGAGAAUAGACUAUCACUUGGUGUCGGAAAAACUCAAGGACAAGAUUAUUAAAUGUGAAAUGCAUGGCCAAGGGAUUGAAUUGGAGGGAUUUUAUGGGAGUGAUCAUUGUCCUGUUUCCCUUGAGCUUUCUGAGUCAACCAUUGAUGGUAAUGACAGUGAAAAUCCAAUUCCAGAGUGAUCACAUUGCUAACAUAUUGAACACAAACUAGUUUUAUUAGAGCUAUUGGUUAGGUGCUGAAUUUGUGGUGGUGUUUAACUUAGAGCUAACUAUGGGUGGCUGUACUGGUUGCAGUGUGUAAAAAUACGUAUGAAUUCUUGAUUUAACCAUUUUGUUGGGAUUAAUAGUUAUAUCAAGUUU